AUGUACGACUCCUAUCGUCCACACCCUCUCCUCGCCCAGGUCCCACUGACCGUCUCUCCCUUCAUCAAUCUCCCGACCUCCGUCACAUUACCCUACACAUACAAAUCUGUCCCCUCAUCUCUACCUCCUUCAGUGACAGUCGAUCCAAGCAGCCCGGAUGGUAAGGCCCGUUAUGUUGUCUCCCCAAGCGGUGGGCACGCAGCUCACCCAGACGACAUCCUCGCCACGUGCCACUCCCUCGAACAACAUUUGAAUAAGACUCGCGCCAACGCGGACCAAGCGAUCAACGAAUGGAAAGAGUCAAUCAAGCAACGCGAGCUGGCUGAAAAAAGACGCGUCGCUCCUGGGUGGCUCGACCGAGAGGAAAAGCUGCUUCAGCCUAGCCGGGUCAGUGCCUCCCCUGACGUCCAGGGCGAUGCCCAUCCAAGCCUUCUGGAUAGCUCUACCCCUGAUCAGAGCUCUCCACAAUUGCCGACAAUGACACCGCAGAACGAUGGGGAAGAGUUGGAUAGAGCGUUUGGUGGCCUAGGCGUGAAAUGA